UGUUCAUUUCCCUCAGCAAAUGUGACGGUUGCGAAGGAUGCGUAAAAUAAUUUUAGAAGAAAGAGACCCUCUUCAAGGUUUUAUAAAUUGCUCUUUUCAUGUACUUUAAAUGAUGAUAUGAAAAAGAAUAAAGAAUAUAUAAACUGACUAGACAGUUUUAAUACAGAUUGAUCAAUUAUUAAUCGUAUUGUAGAUAAUCCUAGUUAAUCAGUGAAAGCAGGGCGUCACUAGCACAUUUGUCUUUUUUUAGCUAUGUGGAAUGGUACUAGUAAGGAAGCUCACGAAAAUUUUGGUUCUUUUAAGAACAUCUUUUAUCUUAUUUUUGGUAUUUGUGCUGGUUCAACAAAUGUUAUCGGAUUUCUGGGAAACGCCUGUUUCAUCCAAUAUUUUUAUAGAUCAAAUCAUCUAAAGAUGCCAUCGAAAUUGCUGUUCCUUUCAUAUACUGCUAGUCAAGUAAUUUUUGCUCUAGUUAACGGACUACCUUUAACUUUAAGCUCAAUUUAUAAGCGUUCAAUUCUUAGAGGUUUUUUAUGUAAGUUUCAAGCGUUUCUAUCAAGUUCAUCUUUAACGGCUGGUAUUACUACUCUAUCAAUAAUUGCGUACGAUGAUUACUCCUCUAUAUGGAAAGAAGGAGCUUACCUUGGCACAUCUACUUUCCUGUUAUUUUUUGUAUGGCUCUGGUCAAUUGUCUGGUACCUCUUACCGUUUUUGGGUUGGGGAACGUAUAUUUUACAAAAUCACCAGUUAUACUGUUCAUUAGAUUACUUAAGUGAAGAUUUUACAAAUACAAGUUAUGUAUUCACGAGCUUUUCUAUAACAAUACUUCUACCAUGUUUGGCUACUAUCUAUUUAUACGCAAAAGCUGCGUUCUCAGCAACAAAAGAGAGAAGAACAAAAAUUGGAUUAUUAAAUUAUAUUUUUAUAAUUCUCUCGUGGACUCCAUUUUGGAUACUCUCUCUGGGCCAAUUUGUCGGUUCAAAAGACAAGCGUCAUAUCGGAAUUAUAAUAAAGCAAGGAGUAUUUCUUUUAUCAAAUUCUUGGACCAUUUAUAAUCCUAUUAUUUGUACUGUUUUCCGGGAUUCUCUUGAGAGGAGGGUGACGAUUAAUUCGUCUUCUACCCCAUUGUCUCCAAUUCGAACAGAUUCUGUAAUGAGCAUGGGAACCGAAGCCUCCAGUAUUGGAAGCAGUUUGCCACAAUCUAAUAUUUCUCCAAAUCCCCAAGUCAAAUCCACGAUUAAAGUAACUUCCAAGCCAAAAGUUGAAAGUAACGAUAAACCUCACCUCGACAAAUGCGAAUCUCAAGUUGACGCGACAGUGCCAAAGAGUGAAGGAACAAGAUUGGGUCGGAAAAUUGCAAGAAUGUACUCGUCUAGAACAGAGCAAAGGUUAAGAAAAGUUUUCAGACAAAGCAAUAAAACUAGAGAGAAAGUUGCUAGUGAUCCAGUUCUAGCCGCUGUCGUAGAAAAGAUAAAUGAUUCUCAGCAGGGAAACGUUGAGAAACCGCAAGAGGGAGAUAAAGAGGAAAAAGAAGUAGAAGAUACACUCUAAAACUUAACUUAUCUUUUCCUGCAAAAUUCACUUAAUACAUUCAUUGAUUUAAAAAAAGAAAAUGCUAUUAUUUAAAUAAUUUGUUUAUGUUUUGUUAUAAAAUGAUGCUUUGAUGUAGUGGUUAAUCUCACUGUUCACCUAAAAACAACGUUCUAAGCCGUCAAAUACGAUGGAUUAAUAAAUUGACUUAAUUUAUAAUAAAUUAAGAAGAG